GCCGCCGCUCGAGCUCGGGCCUGUGGAGCAGGAAGCGGCGGGAGUCGUAGCCAGUGGAGGCCGCAGGUAUUAACAGAAAACAUCCCAGAGAAGUGGACCCCGGAAGUGAAGCAUUUCUGUCCCAACGUGCCUAUCAUCUUGGUAGGAAACAAGAAGGACCUGAGGAAUGACGAGCACACAAGACGAGAGCUGGCCAAAAUGAAGCAGGAGCCUGUCAAACCUGAGGAAGGAAGAGAUAUGGCAAACCGCAUCGGUGCAUUUGGAUAUAUGGAGUGUUCGGCAAAGACCAAAGACGGUGUGAGGGAGGUUUUUGAAAUGGCCACUAGAGCUGCUUUGCAAGCCCGGCGUGGCAAGAAAAAGUCCGGGUGCCUUCUCUUAUAAAGCGUGGCCAGAGGAAGAUGGCCAAGCAGCACCCUGCACUUGAGUAAUUUUGAAGUGCUGUUUAUUAAUCUUAGUGUAUGAUUACUGGCCUUUUUCAUUAUCUAUAAUUUACUUAAGAGAUUAAAAAUCGAGUCAUCUUGCUACCAGUAUUUAGAAGCCAACCAUGAUUUUUAUAACAAUCUGCAUCAAAUUCAUCUGUGCACCCAAGGUUAACCUCGACAUUCCUCUAACCAACCUUUUCUGCACUCACAGGAUAUGCCAGGCGCUAAUUGAAGACAAUUCUCUCUCUUCUUUCUUCUCUCUAGAAAGAGACAAAGCUGUCAACACAGAGGAUUGGUCUGUAACUACUUAAUAACUAACGUCCUAUUCUAAUUGAGUACAACAGUUGAUGGCUGUGUGUGGAACGAAGCGUGGCUUCAGUGCUAUCACACUGUGGUCUGACUUUCAUGGCUCGGUGGUGUGAGAGGUCAGUUUGAAAGAUGUGAUCACUCUGAAAUGACCACGUUCCAUUCAGCUAAGGAAAAGUGAGGGUUCUGUGGUUUCAUGUUAGUUACCUUUUAGUUACUGUGUAAUUAGUGCCAGUUUAAAUGUAUGUUACCAAAAAUAAAUCUAUUUACCCCAGCUUAGAUGUAGUAUUUUUUGUAUAAUUGGAUUUCCUAAUACUGUUACUUGUAACCUCUGCGUUAAGGUGUUCUGGGUUUUUUAAGAAACUGUAUUUGAAAAAUAAAGUCCAAUGGAAAGCAGCUGCUCCUCUUCCCCGUUCAUUUGUAAGAGUCUGACCCACCUGAAUGAUCCCAGUGCUCUGCACAGCCAGGAGGAGUUUUUUUCCAUGACGUGCCGUAGGGAUGAGAAAAGACAGCCUGCUCACACUCAAAGCUUCUGAACUGUUCAGUUGCCUUAAGCUCAUUGCUGGACCCAGUUUCAAAACUAAAAGAAAAGAAAAAAGAAAAAAAAAAAGGAAACUUUUUGUGUAAGUUUGGUUACCACGUAGUGAUCAGACUCCUAACCUGUGAACUUCUUGCUGUUCUGCAGCCAACUAAACUUUCUGUAUUUUCAUUUUUCCAACAACUAAUAGAAUAAAGGCAGUUUUCUAAGCUCCCUGUA